AUGAUGAAUUCUCACGCCCGCCCACAGAGAACACCGCGCGACAGGGUCGUUGGCCCCAGCCUGCCUCCCGGCUUCCACAGGCACGCUUCUGACAGCCGGUACAACAGCGGCUCGGACACCGAAGACGACCAAGACGAAGAAGCCCAUAUUGGUCCGGCGCCCCCGCCUGAUUCGCAAUACACGGACGAGGAUCAUCUCAGCGCCGCCGCACGCGACUUUAUCGAGCGCGAGCAGAGGCGCAAUCGUGCCGCCGAGGAGGUCAAGCUGGCUCGGGAAAAGGCGGCUACCUCCCGGCCUGACUGGAUGCUCGUCGCACCCACAGCCACAUCAUCGCUGUCCGCAAUCGCCGCCGACCCAACCCGGCUCAAGUCACGCGGAUUCGCUCAAAGUGCACCUCGCGUGCAAAAGACAAGGGGCCAGUACGCCGCGGAUGGGGCUUCGGACGCCACCUUGUGGAACGAGACGCCCGAGCAACGCGUACAAAGACUUCAGGAUGAGGUCAGCGGCAAACGAGCCCGUGCGGGCGCCGCCCCAACCGACGAGAACGAGGAGCUACAGCGGCUCAUCCAGCAGCGGCGAGAUGCCACGAUUCAGGCCCAAUUGGACCGGGACUCGAGUCGAUCCGCUUCCCUGCUUGAUUUGCACAAGCAACAGAGGAGGCGCGAGCUCAAGGACAAGGAGACGGACGGUGAGGCUCGAAGACGUUCGCCAGGAGAUGCUAAGGGGUCUGGCGAGGAAGGUGGCAAGGAUAGUCGGAGGAAGCACAGGUCGAGCCGCCGUCGAUCGCGGUCGCGCUCGCCCCCGUCUCGCAGAAAGCGCGAGAAGGAACGCGACUCUUCUCGCGAACGAGCUCGGCCGUCGUCGUCCCGGGAUCGGAAAGACGGCUACGAGCGUGACGAGCGCCAUCGAGAGCGUCGCGAGCGUCGCUCGGACCGAUACGAGCUGAGUGAUCGCCGCUUUAGGGACGAUGCAGAAGACAGCAACGAUGAAUCGGAGAAGCGACGGCGGCGUCGCGGCAAGGAAAAGGAAAAGGAACGAACGCGCGAUCGGCGCGACAAGGAUAGAGAAGGGCGCACCUCGUCGGAUCGGAAGAAGGCGUCAGGUACGACGGCGCCCGUCAUGUGGGACAGGGACGCGGCGCUCAGCGUAGGCGGCAAACUGAUGGACGAAAAGAGUCGAGGACGGCUGGUACAGGACGCUGCUGCCUUGGGAAGCCGGUUCGGAAGCGGGUCGAGUCGGUUUCUGUGA